GACCCGGGGCGCGUGUGAGCUCACGCCCCUGGUUCAGAUGUUCCGCCAAUUUGCCGCCGGGAGGCAGGAAAGUAUCCUCAUUGGUCAAGACAUUUGUAAACCCGGCUUUGAUUGGUUGUGAUGUCACUGCUACCGUCAAGUUUCAGCAUCCCGGCGCUAAGUGCAGUUUCUCCUCUUACUCCGGGCAGAAUAGACACUGAGAUUUAGUUCCCCGUGGCAGGUUCAACACUUCUCCAAGGACACGGAUUCAGUCGGAAGAGUUUCCUGUUACUCCUUCUACACCCUGGAGGAAAGCAAUGACAACAAUGGAAUUUCAGCCUCCUUACUUUCCACCUCCAUUCACAGGAUCCAAUGGUCUGCAGACAGGACAGGACGUUUUUUCUCAACACCUAUCUGCCGAUCCCUACCAACAAUAUGCGGCGAGUCUUCACAGCUCCGGGUUCAGUCAAGCAUAUGACAAUCUCCGAAGGGAUGCUUACUCUAGGCAGAACAUGGAACAGGAGUCUAUUCAUCAUAAUAAUAAUAACCAGGGAAUGAGCGGAGAAACGUUCCUUCCACGUGAUAUUCCGUUUCCCAUUAAACGUGAGUUUGAUCAAACCCAACAUCAAAAUAAGGAACACAUGAACCAGAAGUUCCCUCUUGAGGUUUUCUGUUCUACUCCGGGUAGGCUCUCCCUCCUCUCCUCAACCUCUAAGUACAAGGUCACCAUAGCUGAGGUUCAGAGAAGACUCUCUCCUCCGGAGUGUCUCAAUGCGUCCCUGCUGGGAGGAGUUCUCCGACGAGCGAAGUCCAAGGACGGAGGGAAAAUGUUAAGAAGCAAACUUGACAGAAUAGGACUCACUCUUCCUGCUGGGAGAAGAAAGGCUGCCAACGUUACCCUGCUGACAUCCCUGGUGGAGGGGGAGGCGAUCCACUUGGCCAGGGACUUCGGGUACGUGUGUGAGACAGAGUUCCCAGCCCGGCAGGUUGCGGAGUAUCUCUCAAGACAGCAUACAGAUCCAUCCGAUAUGUACAGGAGAAAAGAACUACUUUAUGCGACCAAGUACAUCUGUAAGGAGUUGAUGGACCUGUUGAACCAGGAUAGAUCUCCUCUCUGCAACACCAGACCCCAGCCUAUCCUAGAUCCUAGUAUACAGAGACAUCUAACCCAUUUCUCCAUGAUUACACAUGGGUUCGGUUCUCCAGCUAUAGUUGCUGCUCUCACAUCUAUUCAGAACUAUCUCAACGAGAGUAUCAAGUACCUGGAUAAAUCCUAUCCCAGCUCCGGGUUGGGUCUACACUCUAACGGAGAAAGUAAACCAACCUAUAUAGAUGGAAAGUCUUUGUUUCUAAACGGAGAAAGGAAAUAGUAGUGUUAGCUCUAGGGUAACUUUUCUAACCAAGAGAUUUUCUCCGGGUUUGAUUGUAAUCUAUCCGCAAGAUACCAGUGCUUCCUUCAAAUUAUGUUCUGGCUUUUCACACCUUUUUGAAAUAGAAAACUAGGUUUGCAGGGAUGGCUCGAGAUUUUUAAAAGGGGAUUUAAAUAAAAAAUGAACCUCGUUAACGACAAACCAAAAUUACUAAAAAAGGGGCUAAAAAUUAAAUCAAACUGGGAUAAUGUACUCUUAAUUAACCCCCCCCCCUCCGGGGGGCCUCCCCCCUCGCUCUUAUUAAACUAAUUUUAGCUAUUUUUAAACCUCUGAACACUGCUGUGAUAUGUUUUGUAUUGUUAUUGUCUUAUUUCAUCAGAAGUGCAAUCUUAUACUUACUCGUGUAAUAACAAAUUUAUCUAAGUUACAAAUAAAUAUUUUUAA